AUGCUGCAAUGCACCAUUCCCUCCGCGGAACCCAAUGACAGUAUGGUUGAUGCGAUUGAUGGUGUGAUGCCCGUUGAAUCUAUGACGACGAAUCUGACCUCUAGGUCUGAGCUUUCCUGUACAUCCUCUGUCAAAAAGUCUUCGGAGAUCACACAAGACGCUGCCGAUCGUCCAUGCAGCCCCAUUGCUGCAUCAAAAAAUCGAGACGAGUUUCUUUUCACACCUUCCUUAGACAAUUCAGAUGUAAUGGAUGUGUCUCAUGCCAACUUAGCGUCAUCUGCCCAAAUUUCUACCAAGGGCUCAGCUCCAAUCUCCGCUGUCGAGGGUGAUGGCAAGACUAGUCCCAAUCCCCUUCAAAAUAAACCAGUUCCCAGUGAACCUGAAAACCUAUUAACUGAUAAAGAGCCAUCAUUUAUUGACGCUGAUGGAUCAUCUUUCAGAGCCGCAUCGCCAAACAUCACUUUCCCAGACAGUAGAAAUGAAAUUGACGGACCGAUUUCAGAAAAAGACACAAUACAGCAUAUAACUAAUGGUUAUCAAGAGGAAUGUGCCUCACCGUGUAGUAAAAACUUUUCAGAGUUUUCUAAUUAUGCAUCUCAAAUGCCAUGUGAGAAAUCUUCCCGUGAACAAGACCUCCAGUCUUUAGCCGCAGCGUUAACCAAUGGUCACCGUGACUUAGACGAACCACCGACCACCGACCAAUACGCUGCUGCUUCUCCAUUUCCGGCAAAAACUGCCACUGACCUUUCAGAACAACUUGAAGUCACCGAGCAGUCGGAAAAAAGUGUACCCUCUAUCGAAUGUCUAUCUGCGGUUCCAGAACUAGUAAUUGCAUCGUCCCACGCCAUUGAUAGAUCAAAUCCGCCUACUGAUGAGCUACCUUUGUCGAAAAAAACCGCGGCCGAUGUACCCUUACCUUCUAACGAUGCUUCGACCGAUAAUUGCAUAGAAAAUUUAGUGGACUCGCCUCUGUCCUCUCAAGCCCCACCUGACCAGGCUCCUGAGUCAUCCGUAGUCAUGAGCACUUCGUCUUCUUCAUUGGUUUCCCCGGUAGACUCCGGUAAGACUGAAGACGUGGUGGAACAUGUUCAAAAGCCUUCACAGGAUGUGUCAACUACUGACACUGAUGCGAAAAUUUCAUUGGAGCAGCAGGUGGAGUAUCUUUCAGGCCAACUGAGUAGAACUCAGACCCAGCUACAGUCCUUGUUGGAGGAAAAGCACCGCUGGUUGGUCGCUACUCGUCCCACACCAGCAGCUUCCCAGGACAGUUCCUCACUGGCUUCCGAGAAAGCAGCACUCGUAGUCAAGUACGCUCAGUCUGAACGCUUGCGCUGUAAGGCCGAGGCUCGCAUAAAAGAACUCGAAAGUCUGCUGAACAAGAACCGAGGCAACUCACUGACUGAGUCGUCCUCUCCAUCUCCUUCGCCUGCUCUUCAAAAUGACACAAAAGAGUUUCAAAAACAGCUGGACGAAAUGACAAAAAUGUUAGCUAAUUCGCGGGAACGUGCGGAGACCUUCCGACACUCUCUGCGCCAAGAGGAGUCUCGAGUUAGCGACCUGAAUGCAAAGUUAACCGCCACGAGGGAGGCACAUCGCUCGGAGCAGAAACGAGCGGCUUCACAGGUAGAGACCAUCUCACGUCUCAAUCGGGAGUUGGAAUCUGCUCGGCGUCAGCUCAAGGUACUCGGGCCCGGGCCCUUAUUCUAG